AUGAAACUGGUUCGCCUCCUGUGUCGUCACAAGACGGCUCUGGCCAUUGCAGGAGUCUGCCUGUUCGCUGUAGUCGUCCUCUUCCUCGCCAAGUGUACCUCCGAGACCCUGAAACAGGGCCAGGUCGACCCUCCAGGCUUAGCACCCCAUGCUGCCCACUCCCGGCCCAGAGUAGAGCACCCCAAGCCCCCCUCACGCCCCAAAGACCUCUCAGCCUUCCUUGUGGUCCUCAUCACCACAGGACCCAAGUACACAGAGCGGCGGAGCAUUAUCCGCAGCACAUGGCUGACUAAGAAGGACCCGGAGGUUCUAGCUAUGUUUGUGGUGGGAACCGAGGGUCUAUCGGCCGAGGACAUGCAGAACCUCAACACAGAGCAGGGCCGACACAAAGACCUGCUCUUACUCCCCGAGCUGCGGGACUCGUAUGAGAACCUGACCCUGAAGCUGCUGCACAUGUACUCCUGGCUGGAUCACAAUGUAGACUUUAAGUUUGCUUUAAAAGCAGAUGACGACACCUUCGCUCGCCUGGACCUGCUGAAGGAGGAGCUGAAGACUAAAGAACCCAGCCGGCUGUACUGGGGGUUCUUCUCAGGCCGCGGUCGUGUCAAAACUGCAGGGAAGUGGAGGGAGUCGGCUUGGGAGCUGUGUGACUACUACCUACCCUACGCCCUAGGUGGAGGGUACCUGCUCUCCUGCGACCUAAUCCACUACGUGCGCAUCAACGCUGCCUUCCUCAAGGUGUGGCAGAGCGAGGACGUGUCGCUGGGGGCUUGGCUGGCCCCCGUGGACGUCAAACGGACGCACGACCCACGCUUCGACACGGAGUACAAGUCAAGGGGCUGUAGUAAUAAGUACCUGGUGACCCACAAGCAGAGCCUGGAGGAUAUGUUAGAGAAACAGCAGACACUGCAGAGAGAUGGGAGGUUGUGUAAAGAAGAGGUUAAACUCAGACUGAGUUAUGUAUACGACUGGAGCGUCCCGCCAUCCCAGUGCUGCCAGAGGAAGGAUGGAGUACCCUAA